GGACACAAGAUGGGACCUUCGAGGCACCGAACAUAGCAGUGUUCAGUACAUUCGUAACGCACGACCGCAACAAACGUGUCAACAAUAUCAAUGGAGGAUGGCCGUACUGUGGAUUUUAGGAUUGCUAAUCUCUUUUUGUGCAGGACAGCUCUUAAACGAUACUUACGGUGGCCUUACUACUAACCCGGUGACUGAAUCACCUCCAACACAAGUGGCUCGGUGGAACAGUUUGAAGCGUUAUUCUAUGCAUUACGGUGGAUCGGGGUCGCAGACUGCGUUGUCCAAUGUGCCAGUUAAGAGGGACUCCCUUUCAUCACGCAUGACAUCAGGUGUUGUCGGUGGUGUCAAAAUUAUCAUCUACUUGUUUCGACUGAUCGGUGAUUUUCUGCGAAAGUUUGGUGCCGAGCUGCGGGUUGCCAAGUGUCUACUGAUGUAUUCGUUCACAUUCCAACCGCUCAGCUCCAAGAUAGCUGGCGGUUCGAUACAGAACUGGUUGACGGGGUACUUCGGUGCGGAAGAUGCUCGCGAUCUGUAUCGCUUUUUGUCGCGCAACUUGUUCGCUCAGCUGGGACUUUCAACGGACGUGUAAUGGAUGUAUAUCAAAGCGAACAGUCAUACAACCGGUCGUUUUAAGUCAGAAAAUUGUAUUACACUUUAUUAUAGUUUAAAUCGACGCUGUCCCUACAGGACCAUAUUCGUUCGUAGACUAACAACCCUACGGUUGAACGAAUCUUUGCUACACAUAGUAAAUAUAUGCCUACAUAUCAUUUAGAUCACUAGCUGAUGCUGCUCCGUCUCACAUACGGUUUGAACCAUUAUCAUCUUCUUCCAUUCGAAACAUUUGUUCGCUUUAUUGUGUAACCGAA